AUGAAAGAAGGACAGCUGGAUCCGUCCAGCUUUGAUCGAACAGACUUGGUCGACGUCAAGGAUGAUCCAGACACACUGCCUCACGAUAUACUCUUCCACCGACUUCAUUAUCUAGCAUGCCAUCAAAAUACGACAGUGAUUAAGGAGCGCCACCUGGAUUUGGAAAUCACUCACAAGCAAUUGCUCAGCGCCAUUGUUUCUCUAAAGGUCAGGAUUCUCGAACAGCUGCACCCAAGAACGGUUGAGAAGCUACAGAGGGACGAAGAAGUUGGAUUCGUGGUCUUUGCGCGUGGCUACGAAUUCGUUAUGGCAUAUUUUGCCAUUUUGGCUAUUGGAGGAAUCGUCGUGCCUACGAGUCCAUAUAUCACCCUAGAUGAAGCCCUUCACUUUGUGACGACCUGUACAGCGCACGCUGUGGUGCACUCUCCGGCCUUUCAAAGCUUGGCAGCCCAAUUAACAGGAAAGGCAAAUGUCGCGCAAGAGUAUAGACCUAUCUCGAUGGGCUUUUUGGGCGCCCAGAAAAUCAUGGACCCACGACAAAUGAGAUUCUCCAUACGCAAGAUUCGAGACCUGAACAAACCUGGUGCUCUGAUUUUCACGUCCGGAAGCACAGGCAAGCCAAAGGGAGCAGUCAUGCGUCGGUAUAAUAUUAUAGUGCACUCGAUGCUGCAGAUUUGGAAGAACGACAUCCGACAAGGGUACGUCAUACUUCAGAUGCUCCCAACGCACCAUGCGACUGGUCUUGUGCUGAACACAAUUCCGACCAUCCUUGGCGGCGGCUGUGUGGAAUUCACACAGCCCAAGUUUAAUGCUGCGGCUGUCUGGGAUCGCAUACGCUUGGGCGGUAUAAAAUCGAUAUCAGCAGUUCCUACGAUAUAUGUCCGACUGCUCAAGUUCUGGGAGGAUGAAUUGUCGAAACUCGAACCUGGUGAAAAGGAGAGCCACAGAGUCGCCAUGGCCAGCAUCGAGCAGUUCCAUGUUGGAACAUCAUCCUUGCCCACGAAUGUGUCGUCGCAGUGGACACUGCUUUUUGGACGGCGGAUUUUGGAGAGAUAUGGCGGAACGGAAUUUGGCAAUCCGUAUGCCAACUAUCCCGGUACGAAGCUUGUCCUGGGAUCCGUUGGCGUGAAGAACCCCGGUGUCGAGUCAUAUCUUGAGAACGACAACGAGGGUGAAGUGUUUUCUCGAACACCGCUAAUGUUUUCCAAGUAUAUCAACAACAUCGAAGGCACGCGAGACUCCCUCACGCCCGAGGGAUACUUCAAGACGGGAGACGUCGCCGAAAGGAUCGGCGAUCACUAUUUCAUCAAAGGCCGGAAGUCAGUGGACCUCCUCAAAACCGGCGGAUAUAAAGUCUCGGCACUAGAUAUCGAGCGCGAGAUUCUCACGCACCCCAAGGUGGGAGAGGCGAUCGUGGUCGGCGUGGACGAUCACGAAUUGGGCCAGAGAGUUGCUGCCGCGGUGGUCUUGAAGGAAGUACGUGGCUAUGACAGUCUAAGCUUAGAGGAACUCCGCAACAGCCUGAGGUCGAGUCUAUCCAAUUACAAGCUCCCUACGAUUUUGCGCGUCGUGCCCGAGCUGCGAAAAACGGCAAACAUGAAGAUUCCGAAGUUAUUGCUCAAGAAAGAGCUCUUUGAGACUGAUCAUCCUGAUAUUCAGAAAUGGAACCCUCAAGUGGCGAAGCUUUGA